UGGCUGCUAAACUCCUGGUGCGACUUGUUAUGAACUGUAUACCAACGUUACGAUUCUACGUGUCAGGGUUGCAACCUCUAAGGGCUGUGAAGAUACAAGAACACAAUAUAUUUCGCUAGACUGUGGGGUGGCUUAUACGUAGGAUCCCUAUGCGAAGGUCUAACGCGGGGGUUAGCCCGCGUGAGUCCCCGGGACGUUUCUCCUGGCGCUCGGAAUCAGCGCUCGGCGAAAACGACGGGCUGCCUUCAGUUCGAUACCGGACAGCGCGAGGUGCGCGUCUCUCAUCUGGUUUUCACUGUAGCUGCUGCUGCUUCCGUUUAAACGGUGCCUGUUCGCGAACGUGAUAAAAAGACAGUGCGUUUAAGGGAUGAGGAUGUGAAAUAUUCUUCCUGACUGUAAAGACGUUAACGUGAGUGGAGAUUGAGAUUCAGUAAGGUGAUAUGAUAUUCCAACCAGAAACGAUCCCGUUCCUGACACUACAAGGAUAUCCUUAUGGGUAUUGGGAUGACAGGAAAUCCAGAAAAUCCAUCGCACUCGGUGCUAAGCAAAAAAGGGAAGAUGUCCUCUAGGAUAUCAGGAUAGAAAUUUAUACCUAGCAGGGCGGAAUGCACGAAUCGACGGAAAAUCCUAUAUAGUCCCAUAGCCUUUCAGGAUUAUAUUACGUCUACCCCCGUCCUACCCUAUCACCACCACCACCACCACCACUUUCUCCACCUACUCGAUCAACCUCUCGCAAAGGACGUCAUUCUGGUACUACCUUGGUUGGUACUACGUACCCGACAUGUAGAGCUCUGAUUCAGAGUUACCUACGUUGUCCCUGGUGAAUCUUGGAAAGGCAAAAGCUGAUUCCCAGGUCGAGUUUACACGGUUGAACCUGGGGAAUCGAUUUCCAGUAGGGGAAUCAGGACGCAUUCUGCCGUCGUUGAAGAAUAUUCGGGACAUCGGCUGGCUGGUAUGUGGAUGCUGUUAUAUCCGAUCAAGAGGAUCUUUGGAAUUCUGGAUAUUUCAUAAUAAGGAGGUGAACCAGAAACGGGAAGAAGUUACAAAAUAUUACGUAAUCUUGCGAGACUACAACUCGCAUGAAAGUUACGAGGAUUCGUCAUUGCUCCUGCGGUCAGGAGUGGCGAGGUAGAAAGUCGCCACCAUGAGAAAGAGGAGGCUUAUGGGGAUCCGAAGGUGAGAGCCUCGUCCCUUAUACGGAAAUCGACUUACAGCAAAGAGUCUCAGACAGAGGUUACGGUGGUGGGCUUGUCAGGGCCCAUGGCCCGGGGUUGGUUCAACCAGCGCUGGUGGUGGCUUCUGGUCGCGACUUUUACCGGAAUGUCCUUCCUUGCUGCCGCCGACUGGAUUUCGUAUCCAUCCGGAAAGGAUUCUCCGGGAUACGUAUCCGGUAACAAGGUUCUUGUCUAUCUACGUGAACAGUGCGAGCGCGAUAUCAACCUCAGCGAAAUACGGGAUUUCUUAUCCCAUUAUGAGUCACGCUUUACUGUUGAAGUGAUACCAAAAACUGUUACCUGCGAGUCAAGAUCAAGAGGUCUCGGUGGCCUGGUCCAGGCUCUUGGACAAACUUCAACCAGAGCCCUGAUUGCCGCACUGGAUGUCAAUACCUGCGACGUAGCAGCACGGCUGGCUCAUCUCUGGGACAAACCAUUGCUUACCUGGACCUGUCCCUUGAAAAGCGUCGAGGAGCGCGAACUGUCAUCGAUCGUACGACUGUCUCCAUCUUUACCAGCAAUGGCGGAAGCGCUCACUCAGAUUUUCCUGCACUUUAAAUGGAAAUCCGUAGCUGUUAUCGGAACGGAUCACGAACCUUGGUCCAGCUUGGACAGAGCUGUGGUUGGUGCUUUACGCAGUAUAGGAGUUCUACCACGGCAUCAUAUGGUUCUACCCUCGCGUGCAACAGUUAAGCAAAUCCACACCUCCUUACGACCCCUGCACACCAUACCCUGCCGAGUGCUCGUGUUAUGCCUGCCAUUGGAUGCUGAGUUCUCCAGCCGGGUACUCGCUGAGCUGGAUGUAAUGCGCGAAUCUCACUACUUCUUUUUACUUAACAGUGCUCGUGUUUUAUUAUUCCUUAAGGAGAGAUAA